AUGGAUGCAUCCGAAUUGCUAACCCAAAAUGUAGAUAAGACUCAGCUACCACCUUUACAUCAGAAACGUAUACUGGCCUUUGUCAAUCAUUUUCUGAUCAGUUCCUGUAGUUUCCUCAAUGAAUUUUCACUGCAAUGUGAAACGAAGUUUAUUGAACUGGAGAGGAAACUUCAAAAGGUUGAGGCGGCCUUGACCAUACUGGAGGCAAAGUUAGCUUCGAUUCCGGAUGUAGAAAAUAAAGAAACAGCAACGCCCAAUAGUGAAAAGACUGCAGCAGUGGAACAAAACAACAAUAAUAAUAACAACAACGAUGUUAGUAAUAAGACUGAGCCUGGAAAUAACAAGGCACCGGCAGAACAAGAAGAAGAUGUAGCAGAACAACCAGCUGCAACACCAACUCCUCAAGGUAUUCCAGCAUCGGAACAUAGCUUGUAUAAGAAAUUCUUUAAAAUGUUACAAGUUGGUGUACCCUUGCCGGCGGUACAAUUGAAAAUGCAAUCCGAAGGUCUUGAUGCAAAUAUUCUAAGCAAUCCUCAAACACUUUUACCUGCAGAAUCAACCGAUGAAAGUUGAUACCGUAGUAGGAACGUAUGAAAUUAUCCAAAUACUUUUACUGUGAUUAUAAAUGAUCGU